AUGCUCCAGAAAUUUGAUGAUAAUCAAAGAAUAUAGUUGGUUGAUAUUCAAUAAUCACCAUUCAAUGCUCAAACUUUAUUACAAGUAAUUUUAAAAAGGGAUAAACUAUUAAAUGGCUUAGUGAAUUGGUUGCAUGAGGCAACGAAAAAAUCUUUGUUAGAUGAUAAGCAUGGGCAACUAUACCUUAGAAUAAUGAAGGUUUGCGCCAUUCAUUUUGCCUAUUAUCAAUUAUUACAGGGAUUCAAUUUUAUUGCUACUGAGGAAAAUUAUGCUGGGAUAUCUAAUCAUUUUUUUAAGAUAUUUGAAACUGAGGAGGAUUACAAAGACUAAAUUAGAAAAUUUUAAAAAAGUGAUACUAGAACCGUAAAAGCUAUGCAAGAGGAAUUCGAGAAAAGAAUGUUCACAUUAAAAAAAUGGAAAAAAAAAUUUAUGGACGAUUAUGAAUAAAUAAAAAAAGAUUUUAAGGACACUGAUAACGAAUAUAUUAAGUUCCAUAAAUUAAAAUAAUAGAUUGAGAUGGAAAAACAAAAAGACUUCGACAUUUACUAAUACUACUUUACAUUGUUCUAUUAGGAAGAAUGGUUUAAAGAACCAUUUGAAGAUUAUUCUAUUGAAUUAUUACGUUUGUUUAGUCUGAUCAAAUAGUUCUUAAGAUUGGACACUUUAUAUCCAAUUGAAUAAUACGCCAACUAGUCGUUAACUCUUUUAGACAUCAAUGAACAGGAGAAAUCAAAAGAUUAUUACAUUAGAAUUAUUAAAUAAAAAUGA